AUGCCUAUCGAAUUUGUUUGCAAAAUCAAAUUUGCAGAGGAGGAUGAGAAGCAGAAAGCAAAGCAGGAUGGGGACAGGGAGAGCCUGAUUGAGGAGAGCUGCACACCUCCGGCCAAGGACUUGGCCGGAUUUGCCAACUCCUGCUCUCUUCACGGGAUUAACCACAUCUUUGUCUCCGGUCGCCUGGGCAUUCGGCAGACCUUUUGGGCUCUCGCCUUCCUGGCUUCGCUGGCGCUGUUCCUCUACCAGGCGGCAAAGUGUGCCAUCUCUUACCUGGAGCAUCCUCACGUGACGGCGCUGAAUGAAGAGGCGACCCCCGAGAUGGUUUUCCCCGCCGUGACUAUCUGCAACAUCAACCGCUUUCGCUUCUCCGCGCUCACCGAUGCCGACAUCUAUCACCUCGCUAACUUGACGGGUCUGCCGCCGAAAAACAAGGAUGGACACAAGCCCACUGAUUUGGAGUAUCCUGCCCCCGACAUGCAGGACAUCUUCAACAGGACGGGGCAUCAAUUGGAAGAGAUGCUCAUGAGCUGCAACUUCAGCGGGCAAAACUGCUCGGUGGAGGACUUCGCUGUGGUGUACACCAGAUAUGGGAAAUGCUACACUUUCAACGGCAACAAGACGACGUCCAGGAAAACCAAGCAGGGCGGGAUGGGGAACGGGCUGGAGAUCAUGUUGGAUAUCCAGCAAGAUGAGUAUCUACCCAUCUGGAGAGAGACAAACGAGACGUCCCUGGAGGCCGGGAUCCGAGUUCAGAUCCACAGUCAGGACGAGCCUCCCUACAUCCACCAGCUGGGCUUUGGGGUCUCGCCGGGAUUCCAGACCUUUGUCUCAUGUCAGGAGCAGAGGCUGACCUACCUGCCCCAGCCCUGGGGGAACUGCCGCUCCACCAGCGAGCAGAUGAUCCCGGGAUACGACACGUACAGCAUCAGCGCCUGCCGCCUGCGCUGCGAGACCCGCGAGGUGCUGCGCGAGUGCAACUGCAGGAUGGUGCACAUGCCCGGAACUGCUGAUAUCUGCCCUCCCAGUAAAAUCAAAUGUGUUGAUAAAGCGCUCGCACUGCUUCAGAAGAGCACCGGGGACACCUGCCCAUGUGAGACUCCAUGCAAUCUGACCCGCUAUGGUAAAGAGCUCUCCAUGGUCAAAAUCCCCAGCAAGGGCUCCGCUCGCUACCUCUCCCGGAAAUAUGACAAGUCAGAGGACUACAUUAGAGACAAUUUCCUUGUGUUGGACAUCUUCUUCGAAGCUCUAAACUACGAAACCAUUGAGCAGAAGAAAGCGUAUGACGUUGCAGGUUUACUAGGUGACAUUGGCGGCCAGAUGGGCCUCUUCAUCGGUGCUAGCAUCCUGACAAUCUUAGAAAUACUGGAUUACGUCUACGAGGUGGUCAAGCAGCGGCUCCAGCGUCUGCUGAGGCCACAGAAAAAGGAGGAGAAGAACAAGCAGCCUUCCACUACCGUCGCAACUGUGGGUCUGGAGGAAAUGAAAGCAAAAGAGCCCAACGACAUGCUGAGGAGUCACCCGGAGGGAGCGUACGCCAACACCGUCCUGCCCAACCACCACCACCACCACCACCACGGCGGGCGCCACGGGGUGUUCGAGGACUUUGCUUGCUAA